CACAUUUGCUCCGUAUGGAGCAGGGAGAAGCUGCUCCGGUGGUGAGACGAGGGUCAUCAAGCCAUGACUGGGGCUGCUGAGACCUUGUUGCUGUUGGCGCUCAUCUCCAUAAUCCUCGCCGACGUGCUCCAGAGAGCCGGGAGACCACAUUACUUCUCGUUGGAUGAGACAGCUGACUUUUGUUGGGCCUCUAAAUGGACCGAGUACAUCCUACGCUCGGUGGGAGAGAGUCUGGAGCUGAACUGUUCCCACGGCGGAGGAAACGAAACAAACCGGUGGGGAAUGACGAAUUCGCUCUGGAAUUUCACAGAGAGUCCGAACUCCACCCUGCUGUUUCCAUCUCUGACGUUGGGCCACACUGGUGACUACAGCUGUCGAAGCAGUGAUGAUGGCACUUAUUCCCUGUAUGUGUGUCCUGAGCCUGAGCCUCCGGCUGUGGAGCACUUCACUGGGGGGGAGAACCUCACUCUCCACUGUGGGGACUGGAAUCAGCCCGAUGGGGUUCAAUGGUUCAGGAGGUCCAACAGAACUGACGGAAGAGUCUUUGUUGUUACUGAGGAUGGAGGACUAGACAACAUGGAUCUCUCUAACAGCAGCCUGGUGAUCAGGAACGUCUCUCUGCAGGACAGUGGACAAGUCUGGUGUGUGGUGAUGAGAGGUGACCUCUGUGUGUUCAGGUCUGAGACCCUGGUGAAGCUGAGAGAGCCAGAGGUGGAUCCCCACCUGCUGAGGUUUGUGCUGCUCAGUGCUGUGGUGCUGAUGAUGCUGUGUGUUGUUGGUGUUGUGGGGAGCGUUGUGUGGAGGGGCAGGAGGAGAGAGCAGAGCCCAGCACCUGUGGAGGAGCUGGAGAUCUGUCCGUCUGCUGAUCGUCUGUAGAUCUUGGAUCCGAAAGAAGGAUUCCUCCGUGUUGUUGACUCUGGUUUGCUCUUCAAUGUUGA